AUGGGCCACGGCUAUCCAAUCUGCCUCGAAGCAGACUUUCUACCAUUCUCAUCCCUUGGGACAGACUCUAAUAGCAUCUGCACUUCAUCCAUACCUGCGCAGGCGAGCACAGCUCUAGAGGCUACGCGUGGACGGCAGAUAACAGAAAACAUGAAGAAUGGUACCUGGGACGGCACCAUGGGUCCCAAUGCGCAGGAUGCUUUCAACCUCGGGACUGUGCUUGGAGCGCGGGCUAUCGGCCUUGGAGAUAAAAUCGGGACUCUUACGGUGGGAAAGAAGGCGGACAUUGUGACCUUCCAAGUUCAAACGCCGACAAUGAUUCCUGCCAGUGACGUUAAUCCUAUCGCGGCCAUUAUACUGCACAGCUCAGUGCGAGACGUCCAAACUGUCAUCGUCGACGGUAUCAUUCGAAAGGAUAAUGGCUCUCUCUACAAAAUUAACAUUCCUAGUGAUAUCACGGAGAAUGAUAAAAGUAGCGUUAGUAGCCAGGAGUUGAUCGAGUGGAAAGAUGUUGCGAGGCUUCUGGGAGAUAGCCGCUUGAGAUUGAAGGAAGUCAAAACUACAAUUUGCGAUGAGGAUUCGGCACUGAAUGGUCUGAUCAGGUCAUUUUUGGAAGCGAUGAUGCACUCGAGCCUUUCAUCGUGA